AAAAGAGAAUUACGAUUACUUAAAAAUAAAGAGGCAGCCAAAGAGUGUCGACGGAAGAAGAAAGAGUACGUACGAUGCCUGGAGAACAGGGUCGCUGUACUCGAGAACCAGAACAAAACACUAAUCGAGGAAUUGAAAUCGCUGAAAGAAUUAUACUGCCAAAAA